AUGUCAGCGCCAGUACCAUUACCAGUGGCUCAAUCCGCUUCUGUCCCUACUUCCUCAUCAGUCAACACCAAUACCAGGAGCAAGCUCAACGUCAAUACCAUUAACCCAAACAAUAAAACCUUGACAACUAUUACAGCAACCAUCACAACAAAUGAAGACCAAAGUCGAUCGAUUGCUUUUGCACAAGCACAACGUCCCCCUCCUAAUAAGGCGAAGCGGUCAACUCAACUUUCGCCGGGCGUGGCAGCUCAAGUGUUGACUCCAGCCCAACAAAGGGAAGCAGAAGCAGAUGCCUAUAUUCAGCGGGCAAUCGAAUUACAUGAAGGAGAUCAACUCGAGGAGGCAACCUAUUAUUUCCGAUUGGCUGCUCAAAGCGAAAAUCCUGUUGGUCAGCUCAUGUAUGGACUGUCACUUCGACAUGGUUGGGGUUGCAAUCCAAAUCCUAAAGAGGCAAUCGUGUACUUACAACGUGCUGCAGCAUAUGCAAUGAAUGAGCUUAAGGAUUUGUUGCCUGGAAACACUGCCAAUAUCCGGGCGAUCCAACAACAGCAACAGAAACAUGAAGCAAAAGAACCAUCCGCCUCCAACACUAAUAACAGUAUGGGAUCAACAAAUUUGCGGCGUAUGGGGACAGUGGAUAGACGGUCCGCUGUGGUGACAGCACGCAAGGAAUUGGUCAUGGCUCUUUAUGAACUUGGCAUGUCUUUCUUAAAGGGUUGGGGCGUUCAAAAGGACAAAACCGUUGCUUUCAACUAUUUUAAGCUUGCAGCUGAUCUAGGAGACGCUGAUUCCCAGAAUGAGACCGCACAAUGCUUCAUGGAUGGUAUCGGGACUGAAAAGGAUGCAUUCGAAGCAGCAAGGUAUUACCGUUUAGCAUGUGCUCAAGGAGCUACUCAAUUUGGAAACUCUUGGAUCUGGAAACCUAAAUAUGACAAGUAUUGUGAAGAACAUGCAGCUGCAGCUGCAGCCGCUUCGGCGGCCAGAAAGGCACAGCAACAAAAUCAACAGCACCAGCAGCACCAAGAAGGAGGAGAAGCUCAAGGUUUUGGUGCAGCACCCAACUCUAGCGAUUCAUCGACUUCAUCUAAUCCUAUUGCAGCAGGAUUAGCAACAGUGAGGGGCACAUCUGUGUCAUCAACUUUGCCAACAUCGCCACAAGAAGCAGCAGGAUCUCGCAUGCCAGCCUCUCGACGAGGUCAAUACAACAUUGCUGGGGAUCUUAUCUCGUCUAGUCAGUUGGAAUUGAAGCUACAGCAAGCGGAGCAAUUGACAACCGCCACAGUAGGCCCUAUUAUGGGAAAACAGAAGCAACAACAACAGCAGGACUCUACUGGAAGCACCACAACAGGGGGCAAAAAGAAACACCGUUGGAGUUUAUGGGGUCUCCAUCAAAAUCGCGAUCAUACUCAAGGGGGUUUCCACCGCCGACUUCCCUCGUUAGGAUAA